GUGAUUACACUAAUACCAGACAAGCGCGCGACGAACGCAGCGACAGGAUUGAGUACUGGAGCAGACAUCUUGAGUGUGAGAGAAGUAUGUCCCCUAACGGAGGGUACAAUUUAAAAUGGAUUACGGCGGUGUCGGUGUUGCUGUUCCUGCUGAUGACCUCUGCCCUAGUAACCACCAAAGUGUCGUUGCUGUGGAUUUUACGGCUGUAUAAAUACGAACAGAUUCAUCCGGCAACAUGGUACGUGUUCAUCGCCGUGUUGCUGGAGGCGCCGCUUUUGACUCACGUGGUUCACAUCGUCUGGAACACACCCUUCAUCUACGGAGACCGCCGGCCGUUGCCAAAGAAGUUAUUUAUUUUGUUGGGAAUCCUGGCAAGUGUGUCUGAGAGUGUGGCCAUAGCUGUGUUUGCGAGUGAGAUAUCCUACUUGCUGCCAGAGCCUGUGCUUCUGAUGCUGCCAGCUACAGUAAUCACUCUCCACGCCAUCAUCCAGACAAGUCACAGAAUAAAGGAACAAGCGUCCGAUGAUUUGAGCAAAAGCGACAGCGGUGACUCCGGGAAAAGCAAAGGGAGGCGAUCGCUGGUGAACUGCCUGGGCAUCCUGAUGAGCAGUUAUCUGUUCUGGACGCCAGCAGGCGUGGCCACCAUCCUCUACUCGUGCUCCUCCUUUAACGUGGGGCUGUGGGGAACCCUCGCCCUCCCCAUCGUCGUCCUCGUCCUCUCCGCUACCUGGAGCCCGCACCUGCAAACCACGGUGAUCACGGCCAGGGUCAAAGGGCAAGAGUUCGGCCCAAGAAAUUCGAUGCUGUCCCUUGUCUACGCGUCCUUUCGCGUGGUGACCAUCCCUGCCACGCUGUUCGUUAUCAUGUUCUUCAGGAUGGAGGCUUUCCGCUGUGACAUCGUGAGGUUCAUGACGCACGUGGUCUAUGACGUCACUGACUCCCGCGUGUGGCUGCCCCUGCUUGUGACGUGUCUCUUCGGUCUGGUCACCGUCAUGAUCGCCGGUGUAGCCUCCAAGGUGGCGCUCACGAACCCAGGCGUUCGCUUGCCCGCCCUCGCAACGCCAGCAGCAACCCUGGCCUUCGCCACGCUCCUGUGGCGGGAUCUGGAGAGCGAGGCCUUCUGGGAACUGUCUGGCGAUGACGUCUUCUCCUGGACCGCUUCCGGCGUAGUCCUUCUGGCCUGGCUGGUGACCUUUGCACUUCCUGGCGUUGCUCUGGUCAAGACGCCUCGCAAGUUUUUCGGACCUUUCGCCGAGAACUUCUUCGCCUUUUCCUGGAGACCCUUCUUCCUCGAGCAAUUCGCCAUGCUGAACACUCAAGUGCCGGAGGACGCCGAGGACGAGGACGCGAGCCGUGCUGGGAAUGCGAUAGUGGAAUGUUCUGGAAAAAAGGGAGCGAAGCGAGUUUUUAUCUGCACCACGAUGUACAGAGAGACUGAGGUGGAAAUGAGAAGAUACCUGAACAGCUUGAAGCGAGCGUUCAUGUCAAGCAAACUGCAGGACACUGCACUGGAAGCUCACAUCUUCCUGGACAACUGCAUCACGGAGACCUCUGACGUCAACGGCUACGCCAGACAGCUGUUAACGCUUAUCACACAGGUGCUGCACGUCACACCGCAGGCGCUUGUACGUCACGCAACGCCAUACGGCUGUCAGGUCUCCUGCUGCUGUAUAGGAGGCAAGAAACUGUUCGUGCACUGCAAAGACGGUCGCAAGUUCAAGAUCAAGAAGCGAUGGAGUCAGGUGAUGUACAUGAGGUACAUUCUCGACCACCGCUCCAGGUGCGCAACACAAACCCUCUCACCUCCACCAGAACUUUCAUGCACGAAAGAGCAGAAUAACUUCAGGGGGUGGAACAUAACGCCUGGCAGCGGUUCGUCCGGGGAGGCAGCAAAGCCAGAAGGGACCGGAAGUGUGUGGUUCUGCAGCGAACAGAUGUUGCCGUCUGCCGCAACCGAGUCCUUGAGGAAAAUUCUGAACGAACCACAGAACAGUCUCUCCAAUAUCGAGGCUUGCCCCAAGAACGACUGCAAACAUCUCUCCCUUCUCGACCAGCGCCACCUAGACGAAUCUGGAAGCGAGAGCGCCUUCGGAAGUGACGCGUGGAACGACAUCUACGCCGCCGCUGCGUCCUCGAUGGAGAGCACCACCUCCGGCAACUGCAGCGACGCGGAGGACGAGUCCAGUGUCAUGACCCUACGUGGCACCCUCGCUGCCAGUUCACGCCUCAAGAAACAAACAGUCGAGGAAUGGCGGAACGGUUCCAGCGGACUCUCAACAGUCAACCUUGCCAGCAAGGAGGGACGAGGAACGGGGAUGGUCGACCAGUCCUGCGUUCCUUUGCAAAGUCUGUUGACUUCUGGAAUGGGUGGUCCCGAUGCUGCCAUGUAUUCGCUGUUUGGAGAUGAUACCGAAGACACCAACGCCCGAGAGCAGCCGUCGUCCACGUGGUACAGCGGGACCAGAGGGAUGGAUGACGACGUCUACAUCCUGGCAACUGACGCCGACACUGAGUUCAGCGGCAGCAGCGUGCGGGUCCUGCUGGACCUCUGCAACGCAGACCGUUCUCUCGGUGCUGCUUGCGGCCGAACGGUGCCUGUGGGAGGCUGGAAGCCCAUCGUGUGGUACCAGAAGUUUGAAUAUGCAAAAGAUUUCUGGCUGGUCAAAUCCUCCCAGAACGUGAUUGGAUCAGUCACCUGCUGUCCCGGAUGUUUCAGCCUUUACCGUGGGUCCGCUCUUCGUGACGUCAUGACAACCUUUUCCAGCCCCAGCCAAUCGGCGUAUGACACGCUGGUCAAGGAUCACGGCGAGGACAGGUGGCUGUGCACGUUGCUGAUGCAGCAGGGGUGGAAGCUGGAGUACGCAGACAAGUGCCGCAACUCCACUCACUGUCCAGAGACGUGCGGAGAGUUCAUGAGGCAACGCCGGCGGUGGGUUCUUUCCGAGCUCUCCAAUAUGAUGCUGAUUUUUCAGGGGCUGUGGGGACUCGUCAAGAGCAACGCCGCCUUUUCCGCCAUGUUCGUGCUGUCGCUGCUGCACAUGUUCGUGUGGGUGCUGCUGUCGCCGUCCACCACCCUGGUGGUGACGUGCGUCAGCUUUCACGUCCUGUACCACCUGCCUGUGACGUACACGGCGCCAGCGGCCUACGGCGUCAUUCUGAUCUACUUUGCCAUGUGCGUCACUCAGCCACGUCAGACGCAGCGACUGGUGACGCAGGCCAUCGUGCUGCUGAUGGCGGCUGUCAUGGUAGCCGUUAGCGUGGGGUUCGUGCAAUACGUCAUCGACACGCUGCAAACAGAUGUGGCCGAGAGCGGGGGCGUGAGGUUCAAGCCCUACUUUCUGGUGCUGGUGCUGAUAAUCGCCACGAUGUACGCGGCGCUGCUGCACGCCAGCGAGGGUCACACCCUGGUGUACGGACUGGUGUACGCCGCCAUCUUCCCCUCCAUGUUCCUCACCCUCCCCAUCUACUCCGUGGCCAACAUGGUGGACACUUCGUGGGGGACACGAGAAGGGGAACCUAGCAAGUCCUGCUGCCAGUCGGUUAUGGUGGAACAGGAUGAAUCAGAUGAUAAAGAGACAACCGAAUUUCAUUUCAAAACUCGAGACCUCCAACCGCUGUCCGCCGGCGACCCACAGCAAGUGGAGGAACACCGUUUCUGGAACCGUUUGAAAGAAACGGUUUUGGGAUGCGAGGUGAACUGCGGGGAGACGGAGCGGAACCUGAGGAGGGACCUGUUCCGGCUUCGAACCCUGUGUGUUGCCGUCGUCUUCGUCCUCAACUCAGCUUGGUACGUCCUGCUGACGGCCGUGUACGUGUUUGUGGACAACGACGUAGUCUGCUACGUCAUCGCGUCGCUCUUCAGUUUCUCCCUCGUCGUGCAGCUGCUGGGGAUGACGUCAUACAAGAUGGAGGAGUUCUUCAAGACGUACCUCGUGAAGAAAAUGCCGCGGACUGCGCCGGUGUGGGUGAGAGAGAAGUUCUGAAGAUGGUUCGGGCAGCUGUGGUUGAUUGUCAGGGAGGAAAUCAUUCGCACAAACACAUGUGUAUGAUGCUUGUAUGUGAGUGUGUGCUGGAAUCAUCAUCAUCAUCAUCAUCAUUAUUUUCUUUUUCAUUUUCUUUCGCUCUUUCAUUCCCUACAGAAAAUACUAUUUUAAUAUGGACACUCAUGAACAUCAUCGCAUUAUGUCCUUUGAUGAUGCGUGCUAUCCUCUUUUUAAUCUUAAAACUAUUAUUGUUGGAACAAAAAUUUCAUUGAAUAAUGUACAUAUAAUGUAUUAUUAUGUAUUGUGUACAUAUACUGUAUCACUAUGUGUACAUAUACUAUAUUACUAUGUGUUAUCCAUGUUGUGCAAUAUCGUAAUGUUGUUUACAGAAAUAAACAGGAAAAGCUCGAGCAGUCGUGUUUCUAGUGCUACUUAAUGUGUGUAAAAUGAAAUGUUUCUCUUCCUCUUCCUGUACAACAUCUGUUUCU